AUGUUCUCGCGAUAUAGACGGCUCCGAGCCUGGCCUGAACAACCGCUUCCACUAAGAAGUGGAGUGUCUCGCCCAAACCAGAUAAUUUAUAAUUUUAUUCUUAUACUCUUGACGAUCGCCUCCUUUGUCUUUGCGGGUCUUCUCGGUCGCUGCGAUGGCAUGCUAAGCGAUGCCGACCUUGUUCAAAAGUUGGUAGAGGCAUCCCGCUAUGGUCCUACGAUAUUUCCUGUGCUCUACGCUCUUGUCGUGGGCGGCGCUCUGCGUUCCCUGGCACUAUGGAGGUUACAAGACGGAGAGAAAGUCAGCUUCCUAGACCUCCUCCUAGGCAGUACCUCCGUGGGUGGCAUGAUUGGAACGCAGCUUGGGCGACGACUUACACAAUUCGAUAUCCCUAGCUUAUGCCUCUUGCUUAUAUGGGCUCUAUCCCCUCUUGGCGGCCAAGCCUCGUUUAGGAUCAUCACGUAUCGCGAUAUACUAAUACCACAUAAUCUCACACUUAGUUUUCUCGACUUUUCCAAUGCCAGCUCUCCUAAUUCCUUAUCCUCGGUAGAUGUUAUAAAUUUGCUUGACGUCAUCGACUCAUCCUUCGUAUCGUCUCUCGUUUCCUCCGCGUCGAUUAGCCAGUCUCCUAUGGAUCCUUGGGGUAACAUAAAGAUUCCAUUUAUCGAGAAUUUGCCCGGGUAUGACUCGGCAGGCCGAGGCGAAUGGAUUCCAUUCGCAGGGUACUCGGAAGCUACUCCGUACUCGUCUCUUGUUGGGAUACCAAUAGCGAAUAUACCAAAGGUCGGCGAUACCGAGUUUACAGUUGAAGCUUCUUAUUGGAAUUUCCGUUGUCCCGAUUUUGGAUCUCCCGAUCACUAUGACGACGACUACUGGUACGAAACGAUAAACAAUGCUACUGCAGGUUGCACGCUCUCGAAUUUACAGUGUACGAUAUUUAACAAUAGUAUAUCUCUCCCCGAUGGUCUAGUCACAGAAGGAGCUCGGACUCCAUCGGGUUGGAUCAUGUCACUGACUCGUGAUGAUGAGAGGGAAAGACGUUGUACUGCAGGACCUACAGACGAUGUUCCCGAAAGACGGCUCUUUUUUCGAUCCAGGAAUACAGGUGCCCAUAAGCCAACCGCAGCAAACUGCACUAUGGGAACGACGAAUGUUGAAGCUUCGGUAAAUUGUAAAGGCUGGGACUGCAAAGUUGAUCGACUACGGAGAUCUCAGAAGCACAAGAUUUAUCAAUCGCCUGCCUAUACGAUCUUCGACCACUGCGGUGAUUGGGAUUCAUCCACGAAUUUGCCUAAUUUCCUGAACUAUCUUAUCGAUGCGGCUGGCAGUGAUGUCUCGCAUUCUAUAGGGCCAGGUUUAUUCCAGAACUAUCUACUCAGCCCAGACACACCCUUUGCCCGGACAGCCUUGCAUAGUUACAAUAUAGACUCUGACAUUACGACUAUUGGUAACGAGUCAUUUGCGUUGCGGUUCUCGCAGAUACUUAACAGCUACUGGACGUCGUUCUAUAACUUUAACCUCACUUACGGGGGGCAUCCGGAAAACCUAGCCUUCUCUACAGACUUCUAUACCGGUUAUCCCAUUUGGACUCCUAUUGCGGAAACAUCGGGUAGAAACACCCACACCGAAACGCACUUCUUCUAUAACAGAGGGUGGAUGGCGGUGCUCGUGAUCUCAAUCAUAACCAUGUUUAUCAGCGCCAUCGUCAAGGCUACCUUAGAUUUGAGAAUUUGGAUCCCCGACUUGCUCAUGAACGUGUCGACUAUGAUCAGGGGGAGUACAUCGAAUUGCCCUACCGUACCUUUUGGCGGUACUACUUUAGACGAUAGCGAACGAUCGAGGCUCUUAAAGAACCUUAGGGUUAGAUAUGGAAAUAUUCGGUCUCAAGAUAGUAGCCCUGGCGAGCUGGGGAUUGGUGAACUUGCGGAGGGCGAAGGAAAAGUCACUAGGAUUACACAGAACGAAACAUAUUGGUAGACUUAUACCGAGGUAGAAAUAAUUCGAGAAAUAGAUAACAAAGACUUGUUAAGGAAUUUAAA